CUUUACAUUUAUCAAUACUCUCCCCAAAUGUUCUCAAGGUAGGUUGGAUUAUGAUGUCAGAUGUUCUUCAGAUUCUACUGAAUGUAUAUUCCAUAGAACCCUGCCUCCUGACACAAUAUCCUGUAUCUGCCAUAGAGCCCAAUGCUGGUUAUCACUAACACUGAACAUAAUCAUUUGAUCAGAGAUAGGACAAUAACAAAACAACAUUAUUUAUGAAGUUAACCAGAUCUCAUUGGUGCCCACAGUCCCUACAUGAGGGAGGCUUGAGUGACAGGAGAAAUCUGAUUGGUCUGUUUGUUCUGUAUAUAGUGAUUUAGUCUACCACACAGAACUCACCUCUCUGUUUUACACCAUAGGAUCAGGUUUGUGGUAUUUACAAAAUGAGACCUAUGGGGACCAGCUGAAGAGGGAGAAAUCAGCUGGUGAGCUUGAGACAUUAGGACAGAUGAUGAAACAACUAGAGGAUAAAUACACACAACUGGAUGAUAUGACCCAGGAAGUGAGAGAGAAAGAGAGACUCCUGGAGGAGAAGAACCAGAUAAUGGGACAGAGGGAGAAACUAUUAGAAGAGAAAGAAAACCAACUGGAAGAGAAAGACAAGCAACUAGAGGAUAGAGACAUUCAACUAGAGGCACUGAAAAAGAACCUGCAGGACAAGAACAGCCAAGUAGAGAACUUCAGAGUCCUACUGCAGGAAGAAGACCUUCAACUAGAGGACAGAAACCACAGACUGGGAGAGAAGGACAGACUACUGGAAGACAGAGACAAACUACUGGAAGAGAGAGACAAACUACUGGAAGAGAAAGACAAACUACUGGAAGAGAAAGAGAACCAACUAAAGGAAAGAGAACUUCAACUAGAGGACAGAAACUAUAGACUGGGAGAGCAGGACAGACUACUGGAAGAGAAAGACAAACUACUGGAAGAGAGAGACAAACUACUGGAAGAGAGAGACAAACAACUGGAGGGAAAAGCAAAUGAACUAAAAGAGAGGAGACAGGAAGUAGAAGAGAAAGAUAACCUACUAGAGGAGAGAGAGAAGCAGUUAAAGGAAAGAGACAAACAGCUGCAGGAUGUCAACAAUGAAAAUGCUGAACUGGCUCAACAGAUAUGUGAUGUGAAGACUGAGGUAGAGAGACUGAGAAGAGAGAUCUCAGCCCAGAUGACUGAACCUGGAGAGACGUCAGAUACAGGUUCCAUACUCCCAGUCAGGAGGAGACUGAGCUUGAACCUUCCUCCAGACAUGGGAGGAGAGACCUCAGAUACAGACCCCACACUUGCACUGAGGAGGACAAACAGCAUGGAGUUUAAUCCUCCACUUAUGGGAGCAGAGAGCAGCAGUCCAGACUCCCCAGUGUCUCCCAGUGUGUCUGAGCUGAGACUGGUGCUGCUGGGGAGGACUGGGGCUGGGAGGAGUGCAGCAGGAAACACCAUCCUGGGCAGAGAGGAGUUUGGGGCCCAGGCCUGCCCCUCUGCAGUGACCCAGAGGAGUAAGAGGAGAGAGGGGGACGUGUGUGGGAGACGGCUGGUGCUGGUGGACACUCCAGACUGGUUCUGUCCUGGACUCUCUCUGGAGGAGAUAAGACAGGAUGUGGGGCUCUGUGUCCGUCUGUCUGCCCCGGGACCCCACGCCUUUCUCCUGGUCAUACCAGUUGAUCCCUCCAAGGGGGAGGAGAGAGGGGUGCUGGAGAGAAUAGAGGAGAUGUUUGGGGAGGGUUGUUGGGAACACACUGUGAUUCUAUUCACCCAUGAUGAUGUCCUGAAAGAGCAGAGCAUUGAGGAGUUUCUCCAAGCAGGAAGUCAGGACCUCCAGCAGCUUGUAGAGAAAAGUGGGAGCAGGUACCACGUCCUCAACAUUAAGGACAGGGCCCAUGGCACUCAGGUAUCAGAGCUGCUGGAGCAGGUAGAGGAGAUGGUGGCAGGAAACAGAGAGAGAUUCUACAGCAGUCAGACCUACCAGGAGGCAGAGGACCAGGUUAGAGAGAUGGAGGGAAAGAUCCAGAGAGUGAACGUAGAGAGGAAACAAAUGGAGGAGAGAGACUUGAGAGAGAGGCUUGAGAAAGAGCUGCAGGAUUCUCUGAAGGAGAAAGAUGGAGAAAUCCAGAAGCUCAAGAGAGAUAUCAGAAUUCUCAGAGAACGAAUAACAGAACUGGAGAGACAGUUGAAAGACGAGAGGGAUGAGGAGAAGAAAAUAGAACUUGAGAGGGAGCUGAAGAGGGAGUAUGAUAGGAGGGAGGAGAUGGAGAGAUUUAGAGAGAAGAGAGAGAAUGAGAAGAGGGAGAUGGAGGAGAGACACCAACAGGAGAUAGAGGAGAUGAUGGAGAACUAUGAAGGAGAGGCCAGAGUUGAAGCAGAGAGAAACCUGAUGAAGAUAGUCCUACCUGAGUUACAGAGGAACAUCAUGAUCUCACGGACAAAGAUACAGAGAGAGUUCAGUAGACAGAUGGAGGAGAAGAAUAGACAGAUGAAGGAGAAGAAUAGACAGAUGGAGGAGAAGGAUAGAGAGAUAAAGAGACUGAAACAGAACUCAGAGCAGGUAACCAGUGAGAUGAGCAGGCAACAUGUAGAUCAAGAGACGAUAGAAAUUAGAGGAGGAGUAAGAGAAGGAAGAAGGAUGAGUUGGAUGAGACAACUGUUUUGUGUAGGGGUUAGAGAGGAGACCAGAUAGAGACAACUGUUUUGUGUAGGGGUUAGAGAGGAGACCAGAUAGAGACAACUGUUUUGUGUAGGGGUUAGAGAGGAGACUAGUUAGAGAGACAACUGUUUUGUGUAUUGGUUAGAGAGGAGACUAGUUAGAGACAACUGUUUUGUGUAGGGAUUAGAGAGGAGACUAGUUAGAGAGACAACUGUUUUGUGUAGGGGUUAGAGCGGAGACUAGUUAGAGAGACAACUGUUUUGUGUAGGGGUUAGAGAGGAGGCUAGUUAGAGAAACAACUGUUUUGUGUAGGGGUUAGAGAGGAGACUAGUUAGAGAGACACCUGUUUUGUGUAGGGGUUAGAGAGGAGACUAGUUAGAGACAACUGUUUUGUGUAGGGGUUAGAGAGGAGACUAGUUAGAGAGACAACUGUUUUGUGUAGGGGUUAGAGAGGAGACUAGUUAGAGAGACACCUGUUUUGUGUAGGGGUUAGAGAGGAGACUAGUUAGAGACAACUGUUUUGUGUAGGGAUUAGAGAGGAGACUAGUUAGAGAGACAACUGUUUUGUGUAGGGGUUAGAGAGGAGACUAGUUAGAGAGACACCUGUUUUGUGUAGGGGUUAGAGAGGAGACUAGUUAGAGACAACUGUUUUGUGUAGGGGUUAGAGAGGAGACUAGUUAGAGAGACAACUGUUUUGUGUAGGGGUUAGAGAGGAGACUAGUUAGAGAGACACCUGUUUUGUGUAGGGGUUAGAGAGGAGACUAGUUAGAGAGACACCUGUUUUGUGUAGGGGUUAGAGAGGAGACUAGUUAGAGACAACUGUUUUGUGUAGGGGUUAGAGAGGAGACUAGUUAGAGAGACAACUGUUUUGUGUAGGGGUUAGAGAGGAGACUAGUUAGAGACACCUGUUUUGUGUAGCGGUUAGAGAGGAGACUAGUUAGAGACAACUGUUUUGUGGAGGGGUUAGAGAGGAGACUAGUUAGAGAGACAACUGUUUUGUGUAGCGGUUAGAGAGGAGACUAGUUAGAGAGACAACUGUUUUGUGUAGGGGUUAGAGAUGAGACUAGUUAGAGACAACUGUUUUGUGUAGGGGUUAGAGAGGAGACUAGUUAGAGACAACUGUUUUGUGUAGGGGUUAGAGAGGAGACUAGUUAGAGAGACAACUGUUUUGUGUAGGGGUUAGAGAGGAGACUAGUUAGAGACACCUGUUUUGUGUAGCGGUUAGAGAGGAGACUAGUUAGAGACAACUGUUUUGUGUAGGGGUUAGAGAGGAGACUAGUUAGAGACAACUGUUUUGUGUAGGGGUUAGAGAGGAGACUAGUUAGAGAGAAUCCCACUGUAUUUUCCUCCACUGUGAGAGAAACAUAGGAGUGUUAUUUUUUUACCACAGUCACACUGUUGUUUUCUAUUUGCUGACCUUCAUCAAUCAAAGUUCAUCAGGAUCCUGCUGUUGUUGUGAUGUUAUGUUUCAAGUUGAAAACUUAAACAUAUCUCUACAGUUCUCGCUAGUGGACAGACAGGCAACGCUCUGCUCACAUAACAUUUGGUUCAGGGUUCAGAGGUCACAGUGAUGUAUUGAUGAGUGAUACAUAUGUUUAUUAUGGUCUGUUAGUUGAGCCCAUUACCCAGUGGGUAGUAAUGAGUAAUUUGGAUGUAGCUUCCAGUUACCACGGUGAUGUCUCAUAUUGAUGCUGGGAAUCUAUCCCAAUGGAACUCUGAUACCACAUGAGGCUUCUACUACUACUACUACUACUGGUGCUACUACUGCUACUACUGCUACUAUUGCUACUAAUACUACUACUACUACUGCUACUACUACUAUUACUGGUGCUACUACUGCUACUACUACUGGUGCUACUACUACUACUACUACUACUAUUACUGGUGCUACUACUGCUACUACUACUGGUGCUACUACUACUACUACUACUACUACUACUACUACUACUACUACCACUACUACUACCACUACUACUACUACUACUACAACUGCUACUACUACUACUACUGCUACUACUACUACUACUACCGGUACUACUAUUACUGGUACUACUGCUACUGCUGCUACUACUACUACUACUACUAUUACUACUGCUACUACUACUGUUGCUACUACUGCUACUACUGCUACUACUACUACUGCUACUACCGGUACUACUACUACUACUAUUGGAACUACUAAUACUACUACUACUACUACUACUGCUGCUACUACUACUGCUACAGCUACUACUACUACUACUACUGCCGGUACCACUACUACUACUAUUGGUACUACUACUACUACUACUACUACUACUACUACUACAACGUACUGGUGCUACUACUACUACUAAUACUACUACUGUUGCUACUACUCGUACUUCUACUGCUACUACUAGUGCUGCUGCUGCUACUACUACUACUACUAGUACUAGUACUGCUACUGCCACAACUACUAACACUACUACUACUACUACUAGUAAUACUAACAGUCAAGGACAGCAGUUUGAGAAGACCAGAGGAAGUGAUGGAUCAUCAGUCUGAAUGCAGAUGUCCAUAUGACUGAUAGGUGAGGAAUUAAAUAGACAUGCAGUAACCUUCUCUGACCACCAGAUGUCUCUGUUACACCACCAGAGGAUCAGGAGGAACCAUGAGGACUAUAGGAGUAUCAGUUGUCCAUUCAACAGCUGACUCCAAUACUUGAUUCCAACUCUUUUGAUUUGAAAUCCAAACAGACACACAGAGAAAUAUCAGUAUUAUGUUGCUUGUUUUACUAUAUAGAAAAUGUUUUGUUGCUUUGUAUCACACAUAGUAUAUGUUACUUCAACAAUAUUGUAUUAAAUCAGUAUCAUUAAAUACCA